UGAAACGACUCAUGCGCUACCUGAAGGGGACGACCUCUUUGGGCAUCACCUACCGCAAGGACGCGCAAGGCGGAGAUAAACUAACCGCUUACGUCGACUCUGACUUCGCAGGCGAUUUUGACGAUCAAAAAUCGACUACUGGGGUCGUUUUUACCCUCGCAGGUAGCCCGGUGGACACGACAAGUGUAAAGCAGACGGUCACUGCCACGUCGUCGGCUGAGGCAGAAUACGUCGCAAUGUCCAAGGCGUGCAAAAUGAUCCUACACUGGCGUCAUCUUCUCAAGACCAUCAAUCGAGAGCAGACGGAGGCUACGGUGUUGUUUGAGGAUAGCACUGCUGCCAUAUCGACUAGUGAAUCGAACAAAGUAACGCAGAAAACGAAGCACAUCGAUGUCAAGUAUCACCACGUAAGGUCGCUGAUCGUUAACAAGGUAGUGGAGGUAAAGAAAAUCGACACCAACCUCCAGAAGGCUGACAUGUUGACCAAGAACCUAGGAACGGUUAAGUUCCUCAACAACCGUCGCCAGCUUCUAGAAAUGUAGUCACCUCCCCUCUUCGUAAUCUUAAGGGUUGAAUGUUGAAGGAAACUCGGGAGAUCUGUGUAAGAGGAAUGUUUUCGCUGCUUGUUGAAAUGGCAGGUAAUGACUAUUUAAUUUUGAGUUGAGAUCGCAAGUACUCGUGAGUUGUUUUCGAGAGGACAUUAUUUUGAGAGGACAUCGAGAGAAGAUUCGAGUUUCAUGUAUCAGAACGGCGUACGUUCUUGAGAGGACAUGUUGGUUGCUGUGCAAGACCGAAUCUAUUCUGCUGUAUGUGUUUGAUACGGUAUUGUGAAGGCGUUCUGUUUUACUGUAACCGUCAGGUGCAGACAGUCCAGGCGUCUGUGUGUGGAUAAUAAAUCACUCUUUUUGUUUUCUCUACCAAGCCUCUACCACAUACGCCAACCAGCGUACUACAGCUGUGGUACCGCCCA